AUGGAUGUUAAGACAACCUUCUUGAAUGGUGAUUUGAAAGAAGAUGUCUAUAUGGUGCAGCCUGAAGGUUUUGUUGUCAAAGGUCAGGAACAAAAGAAGAAAUACAUUGGAGAGUUAUUAUGUAGAUUUGGAAUGCAAGAUUGUAAUUCUGUUUCCACUCCAAUGGAGCAAAAUUUGAAGAUUUCUUCCAAUGACGGAGAGGCUUUCGAAGAUCCAACCAAGUACAGGCAGCUUGUUGGAAGUUUCAUUUAUCUCAUCACUACUCAUCUUGACAUUACAUUUGCAGUAGGAAUUUUGUCCAGGUUUAUGCAUAAACCAUGUGAAGGGCAUUGGACUGCAGCACAACGAGUGCUAAAAUAUUUAAAAGGAACCCAGAUUCUCGGUAUCAAAUAUUCAAAGGUAUCAUACUUUCAUCUCAUUGGCUAUUCUGACUCAGAUUUUGAUGGUGGCAAAGAACAUGGGGUGUCUACUUCUGGUUAUUUGAUGACUCUUGGAUCAACAAUUGUCACCUGGAGAUCAAAGAAACAAACAGUUCCUGCUGACUCUACUACUGAAGCAGAAUAUGUAGCAGCAGCUCAAGCCACCCAAGAAAUUGUGUGGCUCAGGAAAAUUCUUGAGGACUUGUAG